AUGACUCAAACAUUAAAAAACAAAGUUGUGGUUAUCACCGGCGGCGCUGAAGGUAUAGGGUAUGCAAUCGCUAAUGCCUAUCUAGAGAAAGAACCGAAAGUAGUAAUCAUAUUGGAUAUUAAUGAGAAACUUGGCGCAGAAGCAGCGGCAACCCUAAAUUCUAAGUAUGGUGACAAUAAAGCUGUUUUCAUAAAAUGUGAUGUUACUGCUGACAUUGAAGCUGUAACUAAAGAAAUCAUAGAUAGAUACAACACAGUAGAUGUAUUAGUGAAUAACGCUGGCAUAACUGAUGAAAUACAGGUCAGAAAGACAGUAGCUCUUAAUGUAACAGCUGUGUUCGAAUGGACGUUCAAAUUAUGGGAGCACAUGAGAAAGGAUAAAGGAGGAAAAGGAGGUACAAUUAUAAAUAUAUCCUCAAUUUGUGGAUACAGAAGAGAUCAAUUUUUACCUGUUUACAAAGGCACGAAACAUGCAAUUAUGGGCUUCUCCAGAACUAUUGGACAUUCGUUUAAUUAUGAUAUAACUGGAGUGCGAGUCGUAGUUCUAUGUCCAGGAUUCACGAAAACCUCAUUAGCCAGUAAAGAUAAAAUCACUGUAGAUCCAGCAAUUAUUAGGCAUUACAUUGAUUUUAUGAAGAAUAACUGCCCUUGGCAAUUGCCAGAUUCGGUUGGCAAAGCUGCUGUAGAUGUUUAUGAGAAUGCUGUCAGUGGUACAGCUUGGGAAAUAGAAGGUGGCAAGCCAAUUGUUGAAGUACCAUAA